UGUGAGCCAUGGGGACUUGCGCUCGGCAAAAAUAGACCCUGUUCCCAUUUCCAAAGAGUUCUGCUGGCUUCCAGCUGCCAUCCCCAUAAGCAGGUGCCGUGAAACAAUAACUCCGUGGUCACAUUUCCUAAACGCCCUAGUUGGAAGCAGCGAAGCUUUGCUCAGUAACAGAUCUUGAACUCUCUGGAAGUCCCAGUGUUUAUAUACAAGAGGGAAAGGGAUGGACGUCUGUGGUCUACCAAUCUUCCUGCUCCUUGGACCAGUUGUUCUGGUCCUGGGUUCUGAUCAUGAAACUCGUCUGGUUGCCGAUUUAUUUGAGCAUUAUAACAAAGUUAUUCGUCCAGUAAGCAACCACUAUGAAAGUGUUAACGUUACCGUUGGACUACAGCUUAUCCAGUUGAUCAAUGUGGAUGAAGUGAAUCAGAUUGUAGCAACCAACGUGCGUCUAAAACAGCAAUGGAAAGAUGUAAACCUGAAAUGGAAGCCAGAAGAUUAUGGUGGUGUGAAACAAAUUCGCAUCGCCUCAAGCGAACUCUGGCGUCCAGACUUGGUUUUGUACAACAAUGCAGAUGGAGAUUUUGCUAUCGUCCAGGAUACCAAAGUACUCUUAGACUAUACAGGUCACAUUACUUGGACUCCUCCAGCCAUUUUCAAAAGCUACUGUGAAAUUAUAGUCACCCACUUUCCAUUUGAUGAGCAGAACUGUAGUAUGAAGUUGGGCACAUGGACAUACGAUGGCACAAUGGUCGCCAUCUUUCCGGAAAGUGACCGCCCAGAUCUGAGUAACUUCAUGCCCAGCGGAGAAUGGAUCAUGAAAGAUUACCGAGGCUGGAAGCACUGGGUUACCUACGCCUGCUGCCCUGACACACCUUACCUGGACAUCACCUAUCACUUUGUGUUGCAGCGGUUGCCUCUCUACUUCAUCGUCAAUGUCAUCAUCCCUUGCCUCCUCUUCUCUUUCCUAACCGGAUUAGUGUUUUACCUGCCUACAGAUUCAGGGGAGAAGAUGACUCUGAGCAUUUCUGUCCUGCUCUCUUUGACGGUGUUUCUUCUGGUCAUUGUGGAGCUGAUUCCUUCCACUUCUAGCGCAGUGCCCUUGAUUGGCAAAUACAUGCUGUUCACCAUGGUCUUCGUCAUAGCUUCCAUCAUCAUCACUGUCAUUGUGAUCAAUACCCACCACCGGUCUCCAAGUACUCACACGAUGCCACAGUGGGUGAGGAAGAUUUUUAUCGAGACGAUUCCGAACGUCAUGUUCUUCUCAACCAUGAAACGGCCUUCCAGAAACAAGCAGGAGAAAAGGAUUUUUACUGAAGACAUUGAUAUUUCUGAAAUCUCCGGGAAGCAAAGUCCGGCUGCUGUCAAUUUCCAAUCGUCGCUCACCAAAAACCCAGAUGUGAAAAGUGCUAUUGAGGGCAUCAAAUACAUUGCUGAAACAAUGAAGUCAGACCAGGAAUCCAACAAUGCUGCCGAAGAAUGGAAGUUUGUUGCCAUGGUAGUGGAUCACCUUCUGCUUGGCAUCUUCAUGUUAGUUUGCAUCAUUGGAACACUGGCUGUCUUUGCCGGUCGCCUCAUCGAGUUACAGCAGCAAGGCUGAAAAGCGAAAACCAAGUGGGAGAGCUUGAUUUAGAUCUGAAUAUGUGCUCACUUAAGAAAGUUCAUGGAAGGAAAGUCUUCCAUCUCCCUCUCCUCCAUCCCCUCAGCAAAGCAAACCUUUCAAAGAAGCUUGAAGGUUGGGAGCUGCAGCCAGUAAGCUUUCCUUCCAGAAACUUCCUUAACUUUGCUUAUCUUAAGAUCCAAGCCUAUAUCUUUAAUGUGUUGUUAAUCUGUCUCUGCCUAAAGGGGGCUAAAUGGAGGGAUAACCUCUUUCGAACUGGCAAUUUCAGGCUCCAGAAAGUGUGAUUCUGCUAAAAGUUUUUGAUUGACUGGCGUCUUUAAUGUCAACCGGCAUGGCUUUCGUCGCACCUAACCAACUUGCUAAAGCACUGGGUCAGAACCUCUUUAUUGUUCAAAUCACCAGGUCAAUGAGCCUAGGACAUCGGUCUGUUCUGGGUAUUUAAGAAAAACGGCUUUGGUGCUGUACACCAAUGGUUCAUCUCAUUGCCUAUUGGUCGUCCCUAAUCACUGGCAAUCUAGGAUGCAAAAACUGAACACCAUCCCGAGCCAUGUCUUCAACCCAUUGGCAGUCAUGUCUUCAUCAAGUCAUCAACCCACAAUUUUCUCACUUCCCAUUCCUUACUGCUUUUUUGAAUAAAUAGAAAUGUUCCAAAUGACUCCAUCAGA